UGAACUCUGGAGCUCCCUUUCCUGGUUGCAUCUCCCUCCCCUUUCUGCCCUGGCUGCACAAAUGUGCUUAAUUAGGGUUAAAUCAAACUGAAUCAAACUUCAUGCCUGAGGUUGGAAAUCUUCCCAGUCAACUCACCACAGCCUCAUAGCAUGGUGGGAGACAAGGCGAGAAGGGAGAUGAACGCUUUUCACAGAAACGAAUCCAAGGAAACUUUGUUCACUUUUAUUUCUGCAGGAGAUGAUCCCCCCAAAGGAGAUUUCCCUGUUCAGAAAAAAUCCCCGAAACUCUGUGGCUCCAACUACCCCAUAAGCAUUGCCUUUAUCGUGGUGAACGAAUUCUGUGAGCGUUUCUCCUACUAUGGCAUGAGAGCUGUCCUGACACUAUAUUUUUUAAGCUUCUUCCACUGGGAUGAGAAUCUCUCCACUGCUGUGUACCAUGCCUUUUCUGCGCUGUGUUAUUUCACACCUGUCAUUGGAGCCAUUAUGGCAGACUCCUGGCUGGGCAAAUACAAGACUAUCAUCUACCUCUCCGUUGUGUAUGUGGUUGGCCAUCUGAUAAAGUCAGUCGGCGCAAUUCCAUCCCUAGGCAACCAGGCAGUUCACGUGGUCCUGUCUAUGGUUGGUCUGUUUUUGAUCGCCCUUGGAACGGGAGGUAUCAAGCCCUGUGUCUCUGCAUUUGGUGGGGACCAGUUUGAAGAGGAACAUACCUCAGAGAGAAGCAAGUUUUUUUCCAUCUUCUAUUUAUCCAUUAAUGCUGGAAGUUUGAUCUCUACGUUUGUAACUCCUGUGUUAAGAGGGGAUGUGAAAUGUUUUGGAGAGGAUUGUUAUGCACUGGCUUUUGGUGUCCCUGCAGCACUGAUGGUGUUGGCACUUGUUGUAUUCAUUGCUGGGAGUGGACUAUACAGAAAAACACCACCACAAGGGAAUGUCUUACUGGAAGUGUGCAAAUGCAUUGGUUUUGCUAUUAAAAACCGGCUGAAAAACCGCUCUCGUCAGAUUCCAAAGAGGGAUCACUGGCUGGACUGGGCGUCAGAAAAAUACUCACAACACCUGAUUGGGGAGGUUAAAAUGGUGACACGUGUUCUCUUCCUCUUCAUACCGCUGCCGAUGUUCUGGGCUCUCUUCGAUCAGCAGGGAUCCAGGUGGACUUUGCAAGCCACAAAAAUGAAUGCUGAUUUUGGAAUAUAUGUCCUUCAGCCUGACCAAAUGCAGUUCUUAAAUCCACUUCUUAUUCUUGUCUUCAUCCCAGUUUUUGACCUUGGGCUCUACCCCCUGAUAAACAUGUGCAAAUUUAAUUUCACACCUAUUAGGAAAAUGGCAACAGGUAUGAUCCUUGCAGGGAUGGCGUUUGGACUUGCAGCUAUUAUAGAAGUCAAAAUCAAUGAAACUGAUAUGCCUCAACUUGUCCCAGAAGAAAGUUUAAUUCGGGUCCUGAAUUUGGCAAAGGACCCUGUUCAAGUGACAAUCCAAGACCAGGACCUGUUUCAGCAGCCUGUGGAAGCUUUUCAGAACUCAUCUGAGUACUCAAAAUUGAUGUUGAAUGGAGAGCAACAGAGCCUUCGCUUCACCCUGCAACAUCAAGGAUUGUCUCUUCCUUUUAACUACACCAUGAAGGAGAAAUCAGUAUACAGCUUAAUUGUUUUUGAGGCAGAAGGAAGUCUAUCAAGCCACUUAAUUACAGACUUGGAAUCCAAGCCAGAAAAUGGUUUGGCAGCUGUUAGAUUCAUUAAUGGUUUGAGCCAAGAUGUUAACCUCACUGUUGACAGCAAGCAGUUCAUUGCUGUUCAGAAGAACUACAGUGCUUCUCAGUACUUGCUUCUAGAGAGAGACAAAUAUAAUAAUGGAAAAUGCAUAACUGAAAUGGGAGAAUUCGCUCUGGAGCUAGGGCUGCUCGACUUCGGCGCAUCAUACACCAUUGUGAUAACUAAUAUUUCUGGAGGUGCUAUUAAGACGUGGAAGUCAGAAGACAUCAAAGCAAAUAAUGUCCAUAUGGCUUGGCAGUUACCACAGUACUUACUAAUAUCUGCUGGGGAGGUGAUGUUCUCCAUUACAGGUCUGGCCUUCUCCUAUUCUCAGUCUCCAGCCAGCAUGAAGUCGGUGCUGCAGGCAGGCUGGCUGCUGACAGUGGCCGUUGGGAAUACCCUUGUGCUCGUUGUUGCACAGGCUGCACCAAUGGCACAGUGGGCUGAAUUUGUCUUGUUCACUGUUCUCCUCUUUGCUGUGUGCAUUGUUUUCUCCAUCAUGGGAUAUUUCUAUGUCAGUGUGGAUCCAGAGGACCUGGAAGAAAAGGAAGAGAAGCGAGAGACCUCGAGCAGCGGAAACAUGAUUAGUCUUGUUACUCAGAAAACAAAGCUCUAACACAUGGGUUGGGAUGUUGUUUUGUUUGGUUUUGGUCUUUUAACUCAAUAGAUGGGAGAGUGAAAAAGGGUAGGGACAAUGUAAUAUUUCAAAGCAUUGCAGUCCUUAUUACUCAAAAGAUAUCCACCUUCUAAAUGGGACCAUGCAGCCCUUCGUAAUAGAAAUGGGCACCCUGAAACCAGAGCAAAGCUCCUUGAGAAAGCUCCUCUGGUAUUAAAAGCCCUUAUAAGUAAAUACAGAGUAAUUUUAAACCUGCCCAUCUUUUUAAGCAUAGAAUGGUUUGCUAUGAUUUUGUUCUAAACAUAUAUUUAGAGCCUGCCAUGUGACAGCAAAAUCUGGAGAUGUUGGAAACUGAGUUGAAAACUUGGUGUAGGAACUAGGGAAGAGUAGGUGUUACCCACAGAAGAAAUUGUAAUGCUGUCAUCAAAGCCUGCAAGUGUGGCACACAGUCCCAAAGGAUUUCAUCAUAUAACUCUCCUUAUGGGUAUUUUACCCUGUGAUUGCAUGUUAUGAACUGUCCUGAUUUAUGACUUUCACCUCCGAGCUCGGAAGUAAUAAUAGGGAAUUAAAUUCUGCAGACUAAGAUAUUCCCAAAACACUACUGAAGAAGAUAUCCAUGCUACAAGCUCUCUGCUACCCAUUUUUUCCUAGGAGUUUUAGCAAUUGAUGAUAUUCUUUGAUUAGACACGAUUAGAGAAUUGGUUUAUGCUUUCUUAUUUCAGAAAUCCAAGCAGUUGUGUGCCAUCUUCCUGUAUAUUAAGCCUUUAUGGGGCAUUUCCUUUUACAGCACCUGCCACUGCAAGUAAGGAUCUGUGUGAUUUCUUAUCUCAUGCUUUGGUUGUUCCCUACUGGGAGACAUGCUGCAGCAGCUUCCAUAACAUUCUGGGCAUCCUGCAGUGAGUUAAACAAGGAUGCACUUUAUCAAUUUUUCUGUCUAGACUGUGACAUAGGAGAUGUUUAUUUUUCCUUUUCCUCUCUGAUUUUGUGUCUCUCUACCACACUGUGGGUAUAGCUAUUUUAUUGGACUUGUGAUGUAAUUGUCUGAAUUCGCUCGCUUGUGUAAAGCUGUGAUUUCACGUUCUGCAUAGAAGUAAUUCGACCAUUGCUGAUCUAGUAAAACUGAGAGGGUCCCUGCCUUCCUCUGUUGCUCCAAGGCUGCAGUUGUAACAGGUGUAGCCUAAUUUACAACAGUGUUGUCAAUAGGACCUUCAGAUUCACAGAGAAUGGAUUUUAAAUGAAGCUUUCCUCUUCCAUUUUGGCCUUGGUUUUGGCGGCCCUGAUGUUUUGAUGCGGAAGAUCAUGGAAUACACGUUUCAUUUCAUCACUUUUCAGGACAGUGCUAGGAGAUAUGCUUAGUUUGACACCUCUUCUGCUUUAAUGUGCUGUCUUGUGGUUGUAUGUGUCUUUUCGGGUAAGACUGUGAAACCCCCAAUUUUUGGUUUGUAACUGGAAGACUCACAGCUUCAGAUUGUUUGCUUCCUUUUCUUGCUGUCAUAAACGGUCAUGAACUUCCACCACUAGUUCUGCCUAAACUCCUGCCUGCUGUGAGACAGCAUCUGGGUCUUGUGCCAGAGGGGCAACCGUGGUCUCAGAUAAAUGGCAGCAGACUGUGGAUGUGCACACAGAAACACUUAAUGUGGUUCAGUCCAUGCAGAACCAUUUAUUAAGCUGUGGUGGCUGGAUGUAAGCAGCUGAACCCUGUGACUCAGUGGGGAAUGAAGGGCACUGAAAACCCUCUAUUAGGUCAUCCAACCUGCACCUCAGAAGCCAAGUGAGGACUAUCCCCUCUGCUCCUUUCUGGUAUUGUUCUCCUGCUGUGAUUAUGUGUGUGGGUUCUUUCUCCUCUAGGCAUUGUUGUUUUCCUAAUCCUAUUUUAUGAUACACUGCAAAUAAGCUCAGCGGCUGCUGAAUCAUUCUGCUAUGAUGCUGUUUGACUGGCUUCCAAUUUGAAGCGCUAAUAGAAAGCAUUUCUUCCUCCCCCCCUGCAAACAAAACAAAAAAAUCCCCAAACCAAAGGAAUGGGCAGGCUCCAAUAGCACUGAACAAACACAAUUUAGAAUUAUUGGAGCAUUUAAUUUUUUAUAAGCCUUGAAUUUGGAAGUGUGUUGGGGUUCGAGGGCGUAUGUGGUGAAGAGACAGUUGAAAAUUAUUGGAGCACUUUCCUUGGGAAACACUUGGUACAUUGCAACUCAGAGUGACACGAGAGAAAGCAAGGUGUCCAGAGGACAUGAUCUUUAAGACUACAUAUGCUCAAGAACCUCUUGGUUUUUGUUUUAUUUCCUCAUUGGCGCCACUACCAGAAGCUGUCACACGCUCUGAGCUUAAUUUAAAGGAAUCAUUCCAAAUUCAUAAAAUAUACAUUUAGGAUGUCAUCUCUAUCUGCUUUUUAGAUUCCUGAUGCCAAAUUGCCCCUUUCCAAACAUCUCCAUGUUCCAAACCAUCACCAUAAUGCUGGGGGGGAGAAAAAUUGCAGUUCACAGUUGGGAAGGUUAUGAACAGGAAGGCAGUGCUAUAAAUAAAGUGCUAACAUGAGGCUGGGGGCUGCUUCUGCAGUCCUUCCGGGGAAUUGCUUGCCUGAAGGAGUGUAAGGCUCUGUUCACAUUUCUCUUCCAGCUGACACAGUUACUUCUUUCCACCUGCUCAUCAUCAUCACCUAUUGGAACCUUUGUCCUCCUCAGAUCUUGCUGCUUGGUUGCUGGUAUGAUUCUUCCCCACAGUUUCAGCUGCAGUUGUAAAGCUUUGCUAAUUGGAGCCAUUUAUUUGAAAUGCACCAGCAGUUUGGAGGGAUUUCCACCGGGCAUGCUGACAGCCAGCCAGGAGCAGGCUGGGGGCUGUGGUGAAAAACUGCCCUUGCUGUAGCAGGUGACAGGAUAGCAUAUUCAGCAUAGCACUUCCCCGUGUUUAGAGCCACACUCUGUACUCAGAGCUCUGUCAUCACUUUGAGAUGGACUCAAGACUAGAUUUAAGAUUUAAGACCUGUUUCUGUAGGCUAGGUCUUUGAGUUUUGAUUUCAUAUGGCUAGCUCAGAGACAGGAGCAUGCACAGCUCUUAACAUGCAGUUGUAGAAUGAUGUUCCCUAUUCCUCCUAAUUAAUUCCCUUAGGAUCAGAGGGAGAAUCCAAAAUCAUAAUAGUGCAUGUAAAGCUCUGUGAACCUCUGGAGAGAAACAGCGUCCUGCUGCCUCCCGAGUUUUGCCUGUCACUGAAGGGUAUCUCAGCUGCUGAUGGAGUUUACUUUGGAGCAGAUCAGGGAAAGCACACACCGAAUGUUUUGGAGGCUGACCUACAGAAAUGAGCAUCUCCAGCUAAGGAACAGCAAUGAGCUGGUGGGGAUCUGUAGGUGUGUUGCUGCACAAGUCUCUGUGAGGGUUGUGGGAGGUUGGCUUCACUGAGAAGUAUGUGCCUUUUACCUGUUUUUCUGAAGGAUGCUUUCUGAUAAAGAUUUUUCGUGCAGCAAU